CCUGAGCAGGACGGUAACACCGGGAGGCUGGAGCACAGGCAGGGCAGGCGGAAGGAGCCCAGGCACUCCCCACAGGGACAGAGGAGCAGGCGGCUGCCACCCGCUGACGUCAGGACAUUCCGGAAGCGCAGAAUUGUUCCGGGUCUCUUGGGGCUCCUGAGCAGCAACUGGACUGUGUGUGUGUUGACUCUCCAACUUGGCGUCUACACAGGCGGCUCAGAGUCGGCGGCACAGGAACGCCAGUGGGGCCAGGGACACGUUUACGCGCCCCUGGGAUGCUCGCCAAGAGCAGAAACCCUGCGGCCCAGGCUGGCAGGGCCUCUCUCAGGGCUGCAGCUCGGCGGUGUGGCCCAGUGGUCGGCCCGAAAGUCUGCUGAAUCUCCGAGACCCGUCGUGGCUCCACUGCUGCUGCCUCUCACUCCGCUCAGAUGGGGGUGAAGAAGAAGAAAGACAGUCAGGUCACCGCCCUGGCUGUCUGCCAGGGGGACCUCGAGACCCUCAGAGCGCUGGCAGACACGGACGGAGCCUCCCUGGCGUCCAUGCUGCUGCACUGCGUGGGGCUCCCGGACGGCGUCUCCCAGAUCCAGCGGGUCAAGCAGAUUGUUCCUUUCCUGGAGAAGGCAAAUAAAAAUGGUGCAUGUGAUUCCACCAUUAGAAGCUCUUUGGACAUUUUGGCAGGCAUUUAUUUUUCUUUGAGUCUGAAGAAUCCUUUGAAGAAAGUUUUGGCUAGCACACUGGACAGCCUCCCUGCUGCUCUCAUGCCGGCCGCGGAGCAGGGUCUCCGCUCUCGUCUGCAGGAGGAGCUGAGGACGCUGGCUGUGGACACCCACCGGAGGGUCCUGGACAACCUUUCCUCCUGCCUGGACAGCUUCCACCUGGGUGGCACAAGUGUUGAGGGCCUCCUUGACGAGGUGCUGCACUUCCUGCUCAGGAGUCUGACUGAAACCUCAGAAGAAAGCAGAAGAUGUGCUGGUAAUCACAUUGUCCAGACGCGGCUGAUGAAUGACCUGUUAGCAGGCGUUCGAGUUUCAAUGCUGUUGGUCCAGAAAGUCCCAGGGCUCCGGGAGAUGAACCCGAAGACGUGUCGCCCCUGCGUAUGGCAGAGUCUGUGUGGGCUGCUGAGCCUGUUCUCUACAUUUUUAGGUGAUGAUGACCUUUUGCGGACAAUUCAGAGCACCUGUGGACUCGCUGUCAUUCUCUUUAUCAAAACGAUGUUCCAGACUCCUGAAAAGCUGCCUGACUUGAUCCGUCCCUUGCUUCUCCGCUCUGUGGACUUGGCUUUGGUGCCCGCGUGGCUGCUGGACUGCUGUGGGAGACUGUGUGGUGCAGAUAUGUCCCUGGCAGCCCUCCUGUUCCUGUGCCAGGGGACACUCAGCAUGCUGGACUGGAGGGACGGGAGCAUGGGCCCCGGGGCGGAGGCCCUGCUGCUGGACACGGCGCACGUGCUCUUCACCCUGGAUGCACAGAUCAAGGAGGCAGCCCUGGAAAUGUUCCUGGCCCGAAUUCUGGCUUCUUGGACUAACGCCGCCAUCCAGGCCCUGGAGUGCGGCUCCCCGGGCCUGGGGCCCCAGCUGCACGGGGGCUCGCACCUUGUAGGGCAGCUUCUGGACUAUGUGUCCACGCACUGGGAGCACCCCCUGGAUGCCCUGCGCCACCAGACCCAAGUCAUCUUCCGCAACGUGCUGCGCAUACACCGGCUCACGGCCGAGCCCGGCGCCACGCCCGGCAGUGGCUUCCUCUCAGAGCUGACCGCAAGCCUCCUGAGGCUGGACUGGCACGUGCGAGGGAAGUACGCCUGCCUGGCCGUCCUGGUGGAGUGCGUGGGCACCGAGCCUGUCCUGGCAGAAGCUCGCGAUCUCCCAUCCCAGGUCUUAGAGGUCAUGGGGGACCAGGCGCUGGUGCCCCAUGCCGCUGACCUCUUGGAAACCAUGUUCACGAGCCACAAGCGCCACCUGCAGGCCCAGGCUGGCGGCUUGUGGCUGGAGCGCUGGCACGAGACAUGGGCUGCUCCGCUCCUCGUCAUCCUUUGCGAAGGAAGCCAGGCACAGAAGUGCCACGUGAUCGAGUAUUACCUGCCCCGGCUGCUGAAUUGCACUCCCGAGAGUUUGAGCUACAUGGUGGAGCGCCUCGAGGCCAAGGCUGAGGCCGAGACGGGGACCGGGAAGUGCUCGGGAGCACUGGGAGCACUGAUGGCAUGUCUGCGUGCGGCUCGUGCCCACGGGCACCUGCACUCAACCUCUGACACCUGGCGGGUCCUUGUGAGCGGCACCAGGAUGCAGCAGGGCCUGGUCCACCAGCACAGCCAGGUGCGCAUGGACUCCCUGGGCCUGCUGUGUGAGAGCCAGCGCAGCACGGCGCUGGCAUCUGCGGAGGAGCUCCGCUGGGUGCUCUUCUUCCUCAGCUACAACCUCCACAGCCCGGCCCCCGGCGUGCGGCAGCUCGGCUGUGCGCUCCUCAGGAAGCUGUUCCUCAGGAUCCGGGAGAGCUCUCAGGCGCUGUAUAAACUGGAGCAGGAGGCGAGCCCCAGCCCGGGCCCCCCUGCCUGCGUGCGGCAGUACCAGCACUUCCUGGCGGCCGUCUGUGACACGCUCUUCCAGGCGCUGGGCCCCGGUGCUUCCUACGCCACAAAGUUCUCGGCCCUCACCAUCCUAGGCUCCUUGGCAGAGGUGUUUCCCUGCGCCCAGGAGACAGCUCAGACUCUGUAUCAGCUGAGUGACGAUGUUGACGGGGACCGUUUCCAGACCCUGCUGGAAUGUCUCACCAGCACGUUUGAGGAAGUGAAAAUGUUAGCCUUUGACCUUCUGAUGAAGCUACCCAAAGCAGUCCUGCGGUUCCAGGGCUCCGAGCAGCUGCCCGCCCUGUUCCAGGCGGCCUUGGGGCUCAGCACUAGCACCAAACCCUACGACUGCGUCACUGCGUCCUACCUGCUCCGCUUCCUCAUCGGCCGAGACCUGCUGCCACCCUCUCUGGCUGCCUGCGAGGGGGCCCUGCCCGGCACAGCCACUGCCCGGGCCGAAAGGAGCUCCCUGCAGGUGCUCAGGUGCUUGCUGGGGCUCCUGGAGGAGGACCUGGCACUGGCUGAGCAGUCUCUGCUGCAGGCGGCAGCCUCGAGGCCGCUGUAUGGGCGUGUGCACUGCAUCUCCGGGGUCCUGAGGACACUGCCUCUGCAUGAGCUGCAGCUGGUGAACGAGUGGAGGUGUAUGGUGGGCAGGCUUCUGGCCGCUUCCUACAGGCUGUCCGCUGUGGUGGCCCCCAUCGUGCAGAGCUCCUCCCCGGAAGGCCUCAUCCCCAUGGACACGGACCCAGAGUCUGCGGGCCGCUUGCAGGUGAUUCUGGAGGAGAUUCAGCCACGGGACACCAACACGUACUUCAGUGAAGCCAGGGUCCUGCAGGGCCCCAGCACCCUGGAUCUGGGCGCCUUGGGCGCCAGCCUGCCCGGCGCCGAUGUUCCUGCAGCAGUCAGAGGUGAGGACGGGCGUGCGUGUGACGUCACGGCGCAGAUGGUGCUGGUCUGCUGCUGGAGGAGCAUGAAGGAAGUGGCCCUGCUGCUGGGCACCCUGUGCCAGCUCCUGACAGCACCACCCCGGCCAGAGGCUCCCGCUGGGCUGCUGGCAGAGGAGCAGGUCAAGGAAAUCGGUGCUUACUUUAAGCAGCGUCUCCUGCAGUCCAGGCACCGAGGGGCCUUUGAACUGGCUUACACGGGCUUCGUCAGACUCACAGAAACACUGAGCAGAUGCGCCAGUGUGAGUCUUCAGAAGCUCCCAGAACAGUGGCUACAGAGUGUUUUGGAGGAAAUCAAAAGCAGUGACCCCUCGUCUAAACUCUGUGCUACCCGGCGCAGUGCCGGCAUCCCAUUCUACAUCCAGGCACUCUUGGCAUCGGAGCCUAAGAAGGGCACACUGAAGUUGUUGAGAAUAACAAUGAGAGAGUUACUGUCCCUGGCUGGCCCUGGAGGCGACGUGCAGAGCACUGUUCCCAAGGUUCACGCUCUGAAUAUCCUCCGCGCCUUGUUCAGAGAUACCCGUCUGGGAGAGAACGUCAUCCCCUACGUCGCCGAGGGCCUGCAGGCUGCGGUGCUGGGCUUCAGCUCCCCUGUCUGGGCAGUGCGGAACUCAUCCACUCUUCUCUUCAGUACCCUGAUCACGAGAGUAUUUGGAGUUAAGAGGGGGAAGGAUGAACUGUCCAAGAAGAACAGGAUGACCGGAAGCGAGUUCUUCUCCCGGUUCCCGGAGCUCUACCCCUUUCUCCUCCAGCAGUUGGAGGCCGUUGCUGAGCACGUGGACAGUGACCCCGGAGCACCGGCCCAGCGCCCCGGCAUGUUCCUGCUGCUCCUGGUGCUGGAGAGGCUCUACCCUUCCCCGAUGGACGGCGCCCACUCGGCACUCAGCCUGGCACCCUUCCUCCCCCUCAUCACCAGGUGUGGCCGCUCUCCCAUCUACCGCUGCCGGGAGAUGGCGGCUCGUGCCCUGGUCCCAUUGGUUCCCAUCGACGAGGUUCCCCGCACCGUCCACAGUCUACUGGCCAAACUCCCUGACCCGAAGGACCCAGGCUGGCGGCAGAACCAUGUUCAUGGGACUCUUCUCCAGGCCUUCCACCUGCUCAGGGCUCUGGCGAACUCCACGCACAGGACACACCCGUGCCGGCAGCAGGAGCUGAGCGCCGUGGCCCUGCAGGCCCGUGCCAAGGGCUGGCUGGCCCAGAGGCAGAACCCGUGUCUGGUGACCCGAGCUGUGUACCUCGACCUGCUCUUCCUGCUCACACGCUGCCUCGAUGGGCCUGCGGGAGGCGCGGCACCAGGUACCGCAGCGCUUCAGCAUCGUGACUUCUGGGACGACGUCGGAAGGAUCCUCCUGGAUUCGGAGCUGGCCACAGGCUUCCCCCCGGCCUCCUCGGCGCCAGGCCUGCCCCAGUACCUGCGAAGCCUCACCCAGCUCGCCAUGGCCGCCGUGUGGGCCGCGGCCACCCCGUCAGGAGGGCAGGGCCGGGACCCCCCGCUGGCCCUCUCUCUCCUCCUGGAGGCCCCCUUCCCAGAGGUGCGGCUGCUGGCGCUGGACACGCUCUGGGAAAGGGUCUCGGGGCCCGGCCGGCCACCUCUGCUUCGUGACCUGGGAGGGACCGUCCUGAGGCUGGUCGUGAGAGAAAGCCACUCGGGGUGCCUCUGCAAGAUCCUCAGAAUCCUUGACCACAUGGACCCCGGGGAGUGGCUUCCCCAGGUGGAGGCCUGUGUCCAGCUGAGCCCAAAGGAGUUCUUGAGCUGGACCCUGGACGCUGCUUCCGGAGAGAGGCCCGAGGCUCCGGGCGUCGCGCUGAGACUUGCCUCCAAGGUGAUCGCCAACUGCCCGCAGACGCACGAGGAGGUGCAGGAGCUGGAGCGCUGGGCUCACCUGGUCGUGGCAGCCUGUGCAGACCACCAGCCCUCGGAGUCCCAGCUGGCUGCCGCCGCCGCCCUCACCAGCACCGCCACGUCAGUGCUCGCCAGCCCUCGGCCCGUGCUGGGCCUGCAGCACACACUGGCGCUCUGGAAGUGUGUCCUCACGCUGCUGCAGAGUGAGGAUCAGGCCGUCCGUGACGCGGCCUCUGAGACCGUGACGGCCACCCUGUCACAGGAGAACACACGCCAGGCCACAGACUUCGCCUUCUGCCCAGUGGACGCCGCCGUGGCCCUGCCCCUGGCCGUGACUGUGCUCUGCCAUCUGCUGCAGCAGUGGGACCAGCUGGGCCCUGGGCUGCCCGUGCUGCUGGGCUGGGCGCUGGAGGACAGCUACUGCACUGCGGCCCCCCUGGACAGCUCACAGCAGGCAGAGGACGACAGCCUGUUUGAGAAGGACGACGUGCGCCUGUGGGUCGAGCCGCUGCGCUUUGUGAGGCACCUCUGCGGGCCCCUCGCCCAGCUGCUGGCACAGCCUGGCAGGGCCUGUGGCCCCGGGAAGCUCGACCCCCUGCAGAGCGAGGCCUCGGAGCAGCUCGAGCACACGCGCGGGCAGCUCCGGGCUCUCCCGCCUGCGGCCGCCUUCCUGCACACAGCCCAGUGGACACAGCUGCGAGUGCGGGAGGAGGGCGCCCUGGCCUGCCUGCGGCUGCUGACCCCCCUGCCGGGGAAGGAGCGGGCCGCGCCCUGGGCCCUGAUCCCCCGCUCCCCUGCAGAGGCAGCUUGCUAAGGAAGCACAGGGCCGCGUGGCGGGGCCCCCUGCGAUGGCACGUGACCGUGGACUCCAGCAUUCUCGCUGGGGAGGCGGCCUGCUCACCCUGCCGCAGGGCACAGCAAGGCCCUUGUCCCCGGGCCACCAGCGUCCAGCACCGCCCCCUCAUUUCUGAGAGGCAUCCAGCCCUGGGUUUGGCAGGACGCAGGUUUGAGGAGGGGCAGUGGGCCCAUUUGAGUCAGUGCUGCUGUGUCCUUCCUCACUGGGCAGAAAUGGGCUCCAAGUGGGGGUGCUGGGCUGCCCUGGGCCUGCUUUAGACGGAUGUUGUCCUCACGGGAAGAACCAGAGCUCCUACGUCCCAGAGGUGCGGCCCAGCCAGGACACCUCCUCCCGCUGCCUCCCAGGCUCUGCCUCCUGGACCGGCCCUUCCCCUGACGCCCAGCAGGUGUCGCCAUGCCCGUGGGUCCCGGCUCUAGGGCCCGUGGUACCACACCCACUCUGGUGAGCAGGCCCAGCUGGGAAGGUCCGAGGGGCCAGUGAGAGGGUGUGGCCAGCUCAGCUUCCAGGUGUGACCACAACUCCAGAAGUGCCUGGGAGCACGGGAGGGGGCAGUGACCCUGUCCCCGGUGGCUGGCCCCUCUCAGCACCCAGCACUUUGGUGAACUAAAGUGAUCGAUCACCUGGUCAGCCAGCCCCUCCCCUGGCCUGGGAGCCCGGUGGGGGGAGGUGGGCAGCCUGCCCGACCCUGCAGUGCAGGUGAGAUCAGCAGCUCGUCCUAAUAAACUGCAC